AUUUCCUGCUAUUUGCCACCCAAAGUCUUCAGGUUCAGUGGAAGCAGUAUCUUUCUAAUCCAUCAGAUAAAUCUUUAUUCAUGGAAAGAAGACUCCUGAAAAGAGAAAUUAAAAAACUCCUGUGUGAUUAUGUGGGCAUCAGACUUCGGGAAAAUGAAUUUGACCCAAAGGGAAGAAGGCAACUCACCUAUCUAGACGAUAUGGCUCAUUAUGAUUUGGCCAUCAGCGUUGCGUUACAGUGGCUUGGUUACAAAGAAGACCAAAUACAUUUGGAUUGGGAGAAAAUGAAGGUACCAUUCCGUUGCAGACAUGUAUUUCCUAACCGCCUCGAACGAGAAGCUAUGAUUUUAUCAUUUUAUGCCGGGAUCCUAAUGAACAGUCUCCCAAUUGAAGAAAUCUUUGAAAUUUAUAGUAUUUACCCCUCUGCAAAGAACCAGCCUGGUGCUAAGAAGGUUCCUCGGGCCCAAAGUAUUCAUCUCUCAUCACAUCCUUUUGCCAUGCUAACAGCUUCCAAGGCAGUAGAACAUGCUCAGAAACAAAGUGUCAAGUUACAAAGGAGAAUAGCCCGUAGAAAUGCCACCAUCAGCUCAGUAACAACAAAGGCAAUGGAGCCGAAGUCAGUAAAAAGCUCAGAAAACCAGCCAAAGACAAAAGUCUCCAAGGAAGUCAAAAUUUGGGAUCAAGGCAGUGAGAAAACUGACAACCAAAGACACAAUAAAAAAACAUCAUCUGAGAAGACAAAACCUGAAAUGGGAGAGAAAGACACCUAAUUUUCUCCAGUAAAAGUUACAACUGCAAAAGGAAG